AUGGGUUCUAAAGGCGAAUAUUCAGUUCCCCAAGAGGCGGAGGCCGUCUUCCAGCACGGCAUCCUCAGCAAUCCUCUGAUGAAGGACUUGCCCAGCGACCUCAAGUCUCUGAGCCAACACGUCAAGUUCGAGGGCUCGCCCAGCCCGAGCGUGCCCAUCAACUGGAAGUUCGCAGAGAGCAUCUCGGCCCUGAAGGCCUUGGAGGCGACCAUGGUCAAUCGCCUGCUCCAGAAGAAGUACAAUGCCGCACCGGUAGACGUCACCAUCAACACUGACCACGCGAGCUUGUUCUACUUUUCACCCUUAAUUGCCCAGCUCAUCGGCAAAGACGGCAAGUUCACGCCCAUGGCGCUCAUGAACUUCGUGCCCGAGGCAAUGAAGAUGUUUCCCGAGACGGACAAGCACCGGACCGCAGCGAGCCUCCACAGAGCGCUUAUCACCAACAUGUAUAAGACGAAGGAUGGCCGAUGCUACGAGGUUCAUGGCAAGUCUCCUCUCAUAAGACUUGGUCGAGGCAUCAACCCGGACCCGACCUUCAAGGCCCUGGGCUUGCCCGAGGACGGCCGAGCAGACGACACUUACGACACCGUCUUCGAGAGGAUCCAGAAGGUCGUUUCCCAGAUGGACUCAAAGGACCUCGACGAGCUCCUGAACGAGAAGGCCAAGCAGUCCGGAACGGUCGCCAUGUCCUCGGACGAGUACUUCGCGAGCGAGCAAGGCCAGGCGAACAGCAAAGUCGGCCUGUUCGAGAUCAACAAGGACGAAAAGUCGUCGCAGCCCGCCGCCUGGUGGCCCGAGAACGACAAGCUCCCCUCCUCGACCAAGAGGCCCCUCGCCGGCCUGAAGAUCGUUGACCUGACCCGCAUCAUCGCGGCGCCCGUCGUCUCCCGCGACCUCGCUGAGAUGGGCGCGAGCGUCAUGCGUGUCACGUCGUCCAACAUCACCGACAUGUCCUCGCUGCACCCCGAUCUCAACUGGGGCAAGUGGAACUGCCACCUGGACCUGACCAAGGAGGAGGACAAGGAGAAGCUGAGGGCUCUGAUUCGGGAUGCCGAUGUUGUUGUGGACGGGUACAGGCCGGGGGCCAUGGAGAGGCACGGCUUCGGCCGACAGGACGUCUUUGACCUGGUCAAGGACCGCCAGCGUGGUAUCAUUCACCUCCGCGAGAACUGCUACGGGUGGCAUGGGCCUUGGCAGAAACGAGGCGGAUGGCAGCAGAUCAGCGAUGCCUGCUGCGGCGUAUCGUUGGCUUACGGGCAGGCUAUGGGCCUCGACGAGGCGGUUACACCCGUCUUCCCCAACUCUGACUACUGCGCUGGCGUGUGUGGCAGCACAGCCGUCCUGGACGCCUUGAUGAGGCGUGCCGAACACGGUGGCAGCUAUGGUGUUGACAUCUCCCUCAACUACUACUCGCAGUGGCUCGUCCGGUCAUGCGGGACAUACCCCGAGCCUGUGUGGAAGGAGGUCUGGGAACGCCACGGCUCGCCCGUCUUCCGCCAUUUCCACACGAUGGCCCAGACCGUCCCGCUCAUGUCGAAGCUGCUCCAGGACCACGACACCAAGACGCUCUUCCAGCCGCAGUUCUUCGAGAUGCGCACGUCCAAGGCCGUGGACGGCACGUUCUGGGUCGUCAAGCCGGUUUUGCAGUUCAAGAACGGCGCUGUGGAGAUGAGGUACAAUGUGGGCACGAGGGGCAAUGGCGUCGAUGAGCCGGUCUGGCCGGCGGACUUAUCCGUGGAAGUGGUAAAGAAGUAA